CGGGCUUCCGGGGCGGGCGAUCCGGGACCAAGGAGGAGUGUCUGACAGUUGGCGCCGCCGGGAGGGUGGGCCGGCUGCGCGAAUGGGCGCAGGGCCGGUGGGCCAGGCUGGCUGUGAGAAGUCACUGACUGCAUACUCAAUUCCUGGCAUGUAGGAAGCACUCACAAGGACUUACUCCAUGGGCAUCGGAAUCAAGGAGAACUUGUUUUUGAAUCUCAGUAAGGCUCCAGGGAGCAGUAUCUGGCCCAGCAAGACGAUGGUCUCAGUGACUAUGGCCACCUCUGAGUGGAUCCAGUUCUUUAAGGAAGCUGGCAUUCCUCCAGGACCUGCUGUUAAUUAUGCUGUGAUGUUUGUGGAUAAUAGGAUCCAAAAGAGCAUGCUGUUAGAUCUCAACAAGGAAAUCAUGAAUGAGCUGGGCGUGACUGUGGUGGGUGACAUCAUUGCCAUCCUAAAGCAUGCCAAGGUGGUACACCGCCAGGACAUGUGUAAAGCUGCCACUGAGUCAGUGCCCUGCAGCCCCAGCCCGCUCCCAGGAGAACUUCGCCGUGGUGCCUCUAGUGCUGCCUCCCGAAUGAUCGCCAACAGCUUGAACCGAGACUCCCCACCCAGCACUCCCGCCAGACGGUCAGACACCAGCACUUCCAAGAUCUCUGUCACUGUGUCCAACAAGAUGGCAGCAAAAAGUGCCAAGGCUGCUGCAGCCCUAGCCCGCAGGGAGGAGGAAAGCCUGAUUGUUCCCACCAAGCGUCGCCGCGUCACUGCUGAGAUGGAGGGGAAAUACAUCAUCAACAUGCCCAAGGGUACCACCCCCCGGACCCGCAAGAUCCUGGAGCAGCAGCAGGCAGCAAAAGGUGUCCACAGAAAGUCCGUGUUUGACCGCCUGGGUGCUGAGACCAAGGCAGACACGACGACGGGGAAUAAAAUCUCAGACCAGCUGUGUCCUCGUCCAGGGAGCCUUCCUGAACUUCCAGGCAAGCCCACGGGAGUUUUCAGUCGCCUCGGGGCCACUCCAGAGAUGGAUGAGGAUUUGGCAUGGGACAGCGACAACGACAGCAGCAGCUCUGUCCUGCAGUAUGCUGGGGUCCUGAAGAAGCUAGGACGGGGCCCAGCCAAGGCCAGUCCCCAGCCAGCACUGACUGUCAAAGCCAAGGCCACAAGCUCAAUGACAACGAUGGCUGCCCCAACACUGCGGCGCCUGACGCUUUCCUCACGCCCUGGGCUGGAGAGGAAGCCGGAGUCCCUGUCCAAAGUCAGCAUCAUCCAGAGACUGGGCAAGGCCACCCUUGUGCCUGAGGCCCAGGACAGCCAGGUCACAAGCACCAAGAGUAAGUCCUCGGCUGAGGUCAAGGUCACCAUUAAGAGGACUCUGGUGGGGCCCCGGGGGAGCAGCUCCACUGAGGGCCUUGGUGCCCAGAUGGACCAUGCAGGCACUGUGAGCGUGUUCAAAAGACUGGGCCGCAGGACCUUCUAGCCCACAUGCGGGGCGGGGUGCAGAUGGCAGAAUUGCCGGCCUGUGUCCGGCCCCUCUUCAGGCUCCUGGUCCCUUCAGAGCCUUCCUCGAGGGCCUGUCCGCCCACCUGCCAGCUCCUGGUGACACUGCUUGUCUCCCUCAGGCACUCACACUGGGCCUGAGCACUCUGAGGAAUUGCCCAUAGUUCCUGGUCUGGCUGGUCACUGGCCUGGCUUUGCCUGCUAUGGGACUUCCCUUCUCUCCUGCCCUCUGUUCUCCGCUCUCUGGCCAUGGCCUUGGCAGAAUCCACUUUUCUACCUUUGCCAAGUGCCAAGUGCCAUCAUCUUUCCUGUGACCCCUUCCUCCCUCUCAGCAGCACUUGCUGCCUCAAACUCCAGCUCCUUAGCUCCCUGUUCCCCUGCCCACGCUCAAAGUGGGUGUCCCCUGGGGGUCUCCCUUCUCCUGGCACCCAGCCUUUCUCCCUCCUCUGCCCCUCCCCAUUGCUGUAACUCCUCUCUUUCUUCCUCUUCACUCUGUUCAUUUCUCUUCUGUUUUCUGUCCCCGUGGCAAGGCCCGACUGUCCGCUGCGUCCUGCCUGACCCUCCUGCACCUCCGGCCUCCCAGCGGCCCCCUCGUCGACGGUGGCGUCGAGCCUGUAGAGACUGUUAGCUGCCCUCCACGCCCAGGCUGGAGGGACUUCCCAGGCCUUGGGCUACUGCUGGGGCACCUCCAUUUUCCUGCCCUGGGCAUCUUUUUCUCUAAAAGUCUGUGGUGGGUGGUGGGCAAGGGGCAUUGGGAAGGGAGGCCAGUUUUGAGAGAGAAGACAACAGCUGAUUUAAUAUAUUUUUGUGACUUCCAAACCGUUUCUCUCCCCUCCUUCAGGGUGAGCUAAGGGUGUUCACUGCAAGCCUAGUGUGGGGUAGGGGCGCCGGCCAAGGGUUGGGCUCCGUCACUGAAGGUCAAGCUCCUGUACACGUGUGGGCCUCAAGUAGAGGGAGUAAUGGUCACAGUCACCAUUCAUUCCUCCCCCAACAUGCUGCCACUAUUCUGCCACUCUGCCCUUCCUCCACAAUUCCACCUGUUUCUGCCACUCUGCCUGUUGGUGGCUCUUCAAACUGUGGGCUCCAUUUGUGAGGAAAUUAGUUUUUGUUGAUUCAGUUGUUCACCCCCUCACUCUGCGCAGCCCCCACCUGUUCUAGCAGGUGGGCAGGGCUGGCCAGCAUCCUGGCUGCAUGGUCAGCCUCUGUAAUGAGGGAGAAGGAGGCUACAGGAUGGUGCUCUCCAAAAAAUUGGAGGGAUAAGAGAAAGAGGCCAGGGCCACUGUAGGUAUAUGGGAUGAGAAAGCCUUUCAGAGGAGGUGACAUGUUGACUGAACUGGGAUACAAGAAGUGGCUUUGUGAAGUUCAGUAGGAACAUUCUAGCACAGGGACAAGCAGGGGCAAAGGCCUUGAGGUGGGUCAAGGAACAUGAAGAAGACCACGGGGCUGCCAGUGAGGGGCAGCUGUCUCCCAUGAGAUGGGGGCUGGUAGACAGGAAGCAGAUGCUCUGGGGCUUUGGGACGCAGGGCGAGGAAUGUGGAUAUGGGGCUGAGGGCUCUGAGUUUUGAAGGGUUUGAAGCAGGGGAGUGAUGAACUGAGUUGCUGUGUAUGACAGUCAGUGGCACUGGCUGCUGUGAGGAGAGUGCGUUGUUGGGAGGGCAGAGGUGGAGGCCACUGAGGUUUCCAGGCAGGGAACGAAAGUGACCUGCCUGAUACUGUGGCAGUGGGGGAGCAGAGAAACCAUGGAUAUAGGGUGUGUGCUUUGGAAGUACAGCAGCAGACGCUGAUUGGAAGAAGAGAAUCAUCAUCCCACCCAGAUUUUACCCCCGAGCUGCUGGGGAAUAGCCAUUGGCAGAGACAGGGAGGCAGGAGAGAGAACAGGCUGGGGAUCAGGGAGCUUUGUUCUGACCAUGCUGAGAGUGAGGCACUGCUAGGGUUCCCAAUGGGUAGGUUGCAGGCUAGAGCCAAAGCUGAAGGCCCGGUGAUACCAGCUGGUAAGAGCAGAGAGAUUGGGAGGUCCCUGGAGGAGAAUUGGUGGACCUUUUCCUAUUGAGAGGACAGGAUCUGAUAAAGGAGUCACCCAGGAGGGGGCAGGGGUUUGGAGGAUAUCUAAGAGAGCCAGUGAUAAUCAGACUAGACCUCAUAUCUUUAUUUUACUUAAUUUGUUUUCUUCUGUGGUAUUGGGGAUUGAACCUGUGGACUCAAACAUGCAAGACAAGCACUUUACCACUGAGCUACACCCCCGGUCCUUGUCAUUUCUUGAUGUGUAAUAGGAACUACAAUGAUAGAAAAACACACCUAGCUCACUUACCACAGAAGGCUUACCUGCACCACAGGUAAGUUCUGUCAUUGUUGCUUUUCAUAGAGGCUCACAGAGGGGAGUAUAUUGUUGAAGGCCUCAGCCAGCUGGCAUGUGCCUGGAUGGGUUGACCUCAGGGAGCUGACUCCAGGAUCCUUACCUUGACCCUGUCUUGCCUCCAUUCUGUAUUUGAAACAUGACCCUUUGGGGAUGGGGGCAGGGUCCUAGGACAGUGGUUCCAUUUAUUUAUUUAUAAUUUUUUUAGUUGAGGGUGGACAUGAUACGUUUAUUUUAUUUAUUUAUUUUUAUGUGGUGCUGAGGAUUGAAUCCAGCGCCUCACACAUGCAAGGCAAGCGCUCUACCACUAAGCCAUAACCCCAGUCCUCCAACAGUGGUUUUAGACUACAGUUAUCUAUGUGAACAUGUCCUCAACACCCCAUCAACUUGUCCUAGGAAGGAUUUGUAGCUCUAAGAUGCCACAGCUCUAAGACACUGCCCUGUCCUGCCACUGUCCUCAGAAUGACCAGAACUGAUGCCUUCUCUAGCUCUCAACCUCUCCAGACUUACAAUGUCCCAUUCACUUGACUCAGAGAUUCCUCCAAAUUAACCCAAACAGCUGUGCCCCACAGGGCUGGAUUAUUCUUUUCUUGAUUCUAUUAAGCAUUUUUGAACACAAAUAAUAUACUCACAUGGUUCAAGAUGGAAAAGGAACAAGAAUGAAGAGUCUUCCUAUGUCUCCUAGCACCCUAUCCCUUCCCCAGAGGCCACCAAGGUUACUAAUUUUUUUGUGUGAACAUUACAGAGUCGUAUGUGACACACACACACAAAUUUACAUAUACGAUACAUACAUAAACCAGAGGAAAAGACGUACACACAAGCAAACACACAUACAUACUAACAGCCUCAUUUGUUUAAUUGGUUCCUUUUAGGAGGAAAUCCAUAUUGUUUCCAAUUUUUUGCUAUCAUUGGUAGUGCUAUGAUGAAUGACACACAUGUAGGAUCAAUUCUCAGGGGAAUUUGAAGAUCUCCAAUGAUAUCAUUUUUUCUUUUUUUUUUUUUUUUUUUUGUGGUACUGGUGCUUAUACCCAGAGGCACUGUACCACUGAGCUCCAUCCCCAAACCUUUUUAUUUUUUACUUUGAGACAGGGUCUUGCUAGGUUGCCCAGGCUGGCCUUGAACUUGUAAUCUUCCUGCCAUAGUCUCUUAAACUGCUGGGAUUAUAGAUGUGCACCACCAAGCCUGGCUUUUUUUGUUUGUUUGUUUUGUUAUGUUUAAGAUUUGGAGGAUUGAACCAAAGGACUUGUGCGUGCCAGGAAAGUGCUUUAUCCCUGAAGUACAAGGCCAACCCAAUUUAUCUGAGACCAGAUCGGGUCAUGUUAAAUUGCCCUGGAUGACCUUGAAUUUACAAUCCUUCUACCUUAGCCUCUGGAGUAGCUGGGAUUACAAGCCCGAAACUCUGUGCCCUGCUCCAGCGAUAUCUUUAAAGUGCAAAUACUGAUGGUGGGUCAAUAGCAAAUUUGACCCAGGCUCUCCCCCAAGAUUAUUGGUAUUCUUCAGCUGGCAUAUUUUUAUAAUGACCACCCCAUUUCAAAAAGGAAUGAAAGGGAGGUGGGACUAUAGCUCAACCGCAGAGUGCUUGCCUAGCAUGUGUGAAGCACUGGGUUCGAGCCUUAGCACCAUAUUAAAAAAAUAAACAAAGGUAUUCUGUCCAUCCACAACUACAAAAAAAAAAAAAAAAGGAGGAGGAGGAGGAAUGGAAAAGCAGGUCAUAGUAGUGCACACCUGUAACCCAGCUACUUGGGAGCCUGAGGCAGGAAGAUCUCAAGUUUAAGGCCAGCCUGGCAACUUAGUGGGACCCUGUCUCAAAAUACAAAAUCAAAAGGGCUGGGGAUGGAGCUCAGUGGUAGAGCACCCCUGGGUUCAAUCCCUAGUACUGCAAAAAAAAAAAAAAAAAAAAAAUCAAGAUAAAAGGAAAUGAAUAGAAGUUGGACUCUUCUAAUUGGAGACUUGCUUGAGAAAUUGGGUCAAGGGAUACCAAGAGCCAACACUGACCACCACCUCUGCGCUAGGAAGUACUAAAUAAGCAUUUGGUUAAGUUGGUGGACUUGUUGAAUCCCAGGGGCAGCACCAUGCAGGGCCUUUCCGUUCUCAUCAGGUGAGCAGGUGAGGAGACAAGUGCAGUGAGCCCAGGGCCAGGGUCAGAUCUGAGACAGCACAGCAGAAUGAUUCUGUUUGGACGGUGGUCUUGGUCGCCUCUGGACCUGUCAUCUCCUUUGGUGGCUCACAUCAGUGGAUACUAAAGGAAAACAGGAACUUGCAGAACCUGUGGCAGGCAGCCAGGGCACAGGCCACUCCCUAUCCCUUCCUCCAGUGCCUGAGAUGAGCCAAAAGUUGAGCUGCAGUGACCUUGUCCCUUGCUUUGGGAUCCUGAGCUGACUUAGUUUGGUAAACACUGCUCCUACAGACUGAUCUGCCUUGGAAGGUCUGAGAGUCCUGGAGAGGAUGUAUUUCCCUACCUUGAACUUCACUUGCUUUAUGAACUCCAAACCAGAGCUUCACAGACUUGAGAUAGCAAAACUUUUUUUCAUCUUUUUCCCCAUCCCUUCUUUCCUUUCUUUCAUGUUUUUUUUUUUUUUUUUUUUAGUAAUAGAUGUUAGUGGGUUUUUAAAAAUAGUUUUAGAGUUCUAGAAGAAUUGAAAUGGUAGUACAGAGAGUUGCCAUAUGCCCCGUCCCCAGUUUUCCCAGUUAUUAACAUAGUACCUUGACAUGGUGUAUUUGUUAUAAUUAAUGUACCCAUAUGGAUGCAUUAGUAUUAACUAAAAUCCAAAGUUUAUUCUGAUGGCCUUAGUUUUUUUCUUUUAUAUAUUCUAAUUAGUUAUACAUGACAGUAGAUGAUAUUCCAGAAUCCCAUUCAGGAUACCAUAUUACAUUUAUGUUGUCAAAUGUGACAUUGUCAUCAAAUAAGAAGUUGCAUGUCUCCUUAGGCUUCCCUUAGCAGUGGCAGUUCGUCAGAUUUUAUUUGGUUUGGGUGAUGACCUUGAUAGUUUUGAAAAGUGCUGGUCAGGUUUAUUAUAGGAUGCCCCUUGACUGGAACUUAUCUGAUGUGUUUUCAAGAUCAGACUGAGGUCAGGAGCUUUUCAGAAGACCUUAACCAUCUAGUGCCACUUCACUAUCAUAUCAAGCCUUCACACUCCAACCCAAGUUAGUAUUGUUUAUGUAAGUUGUGAUUAUAUUUGUCAAGUUCCUCACUUUGUAAAGUUACUUUUCUUUUUCCCUUUACAUCUUGUGCUUUUUUUCAAGGAAAUCACUCAGUGCAGUCCACAUUUAAGGAGCUGGGGGAGGUGUUGCACUCUCCUUUUUUUCCUAAAAAUACCUUAUUUUAUUUAUUUAUUAUUAUGUGGUGCUGAGGAUUGAACGCAGUGCCUCACAUAUGCCAGGCAAGCACUCUACCUCUGAGGCACAACUCCAGCCCUGCGCUGUCCUUUUUGAGGGCAAAGUACCUACGUAAAUUAUUUGGAAUUCUACAUGAUCCGUCACUUCUGAUUUAUUAACUUAUUCAAAAAUUUAUUUUAUUUUAUUAUUAUUAUUUGGUACUGGGACACUUGACCACUCAGCCACAUCCUCAGCUCUAUUUUGUAUUUUA